UCAGCCAAGUGCAGCCUGAAUCGUGAGGAGCGGACGAAGGGGGGGAAAAAAUCCCACUGUUGUUUCUUUUUUCCUCUAACAUCCACCGUCAUUAACAUGUAGACCGGUGCGCGUCUAAAAACACCCGGAGCGUCAUGGUCUUUUUCCGUCUAGGAGAAUAAUUCUUAUCACAGUUAUCUAUUUAAAAAAAAGAAAAAAGAAGAAGAAAAAAGAAAAACAUUUUGGAUUAACAGCAGCGGACUUAUUUUUGGGACUAACAAGGGUUUCCUGAAUUUCUUUCCUUCUGCGCUGAAUGUUGGACCUGCAUUUAUCCUGAGUUUCUAUCCUCUGGAGUGAAAAGUGCGCCAGUUUUAUUUCCCAGGCUUAUUUCUUUGCAACGUUUGAGCGUCGGGGAUUUUGUAUAAUUUUUUUUUUCUGGAGAGGGGCUAUGUAUGUGGCUUUUUUUUUUUUUUUUCUAUCCUUUUUUUUUUUUUUUUUUUUUUGGGAAGGAAUGCACCUUAUCCUAACGGGACGUAACGCACAGAGGAAUAUUGUCUAAGAGGUGGUGGGGGGAAAAAAAAGAGAGAGAGAGAGAGAGAAGAAGCAGCGGAUGGGAUCCUUCUUUUACGGGAACUGUUGUUGGACUGGACCCAACGACUCUGCUCUCCACAGCAACUCUUGCAUCUGCUGCUGUAAAAAGGCUCAUUCCAAAAUGAUGGAAACCCCGACCACCGACUGCUUUGACAACCUGAUGAGCAGUGGCGUUUAAAGAUGAAGUCAUCCCUGUUGUCUCCUUCAUCGCUUUUGGCAGGGCUCUUGUGAGGAUUAAUUUGCUGUUCUGAUUUUGCCAAGCAGGAGGAAACUGAUGGCUGCUACAUUUCCACUGUCAGGCUUGUACACUUUGGAUUUUAAAAAGGAUCAUUAGCCACCGUAAUCUUUGUCCGCUCUGGAGUUACGUAUUUGUUUUUGCUUGUGUGUGAGUGUGGUUUUAGUGUGAUUGCGUGUUUGUGUUUGCAUGGCGUGACAGAGAUACAGAAUUUAUACUUGGAUUAAAAAACAAAACAAAAAAAACAAAAAAAAACACAAGAUACAGCAAAGAAGUUGGAACCAGGAAUAGCAGCUAUGGCUCAGUGGAGGCACCGUUCAAGGACAGGGUGUCGACUACUUCAGACUGCCAAGAACGGCAGCAGAAUGAUGGGAUAUGUAGGGCUCGAAGGGUCCUCAAUUGCUGGACGGUGGAUGUUGUCUUUGCUAUGGCUCGGCCUCCUGCUGUUGCACGCAUCCCCAGGUGUGUCGGCUCAGAAACUGGAUGAAAACGACCCAGUGGUGACCACCACCUACGGUAAACUGCGUGGUGUUAAGAAGGAACUCAACAACGAGAUCCUGGGUCCUGUUGUGCAGUUUUUGGGCGUCCCGUACGCAGCUCCGCCCACUGGUGAACGCCGUUUCCAGCCGCCAGAGCCCCCAGUCUCAUGGCCGGAGAUCCGCAACGCCACACAUUUUGCGCCAGUGUGCCCCCAGAGCAUUGUGGAAGGCCGUCUGCCCGACGUCAUGCUGCCCGUGUGGUUCACCAACAGCAUUGACAUAGUGUCCACGUACGUCCAGGACCAGAGCGAGGACUGCCUCUACCUGAACAUCUACGUCCCCACUGAGGAUGGUCCCCUUACAAAGAAACACACUGAUGAUUUAAGUGAUAGUGACCGCACGGAUGACGAAGACAUCAGGGAGAGUGGAAGCCCCAAGCCGGUGAUGGUUUUCAUCCACGGGGGCUCCUACAUGGAAGGAACUGGGAACAUGUUUGACGGCAGCAUCUUGGCCAGCUAUGGGAAUGUGAUUGUGAUAACUGUCAACUACAGACUGGGCGUCCUAGGUUUCCUGAGUACAGGUGACCAGGCGGCCAAAGGGAAUUAUGGUUUGUUGGACCAGAUCCAGGCGCUGCGUUGGACCAGUGAGAACAUUGCGGCCUUCGGUGGUGACCCGUUACGUAUCACUGUGUUUGGCUCGGGCGCCGGAGCUUCCUGUGUCAACCUGCUGACGCUUUCUCACUACUCUGAGGGCAACCGUUGGAGCAACUCCACCAAAGGCCUGUUCCAGCGGGCCAUCGCCCAGAGUGGCACUGCUCUGUCCAGCUGGGCGGUCAGUUUCCAGCCAGCCAAAUACGCCCGGAUGUUGGCUCGGAAGGUGGGCUGUAACCUGGAGGAUACAGUGGAACUUGUAGUGUGUCUACAGAGGAAGCAUUAUAAGGAACUCGUGGAUCAAGACAUCCAACCAGCUCGCUACCACAUCGCCUUUGGACCUGUUAUUGAUGGGGAUGUUAUACCAGACGACCCGCAGAUACUGAUGGAACAAGGUGAGUUCCUGAAUUACGAUAUCAUGCUGGGAGUGAACCAAGGUGAGGGUCUGAAGUUCGUGGAGCUGAUCGUGGACAACGAAAACGGUGUUCAAGCAAAUGACUUCGACUACGCCGUAUCCAGCUUCGUGGACGACCUGUACGGUUACCCAGAAGGCAAAGACAUCCUCCGAGAGACCAUUAAGUUCAUGUAUACAGACUGGGCAGACAGACACAACCCUGAAACCCGCAGGAAGACCCUGUUGGCCCUCUUCACAGACCACCAGUGGGUGGCCCCUGCUGUUGCUACAGCCGACCUUCACUCUAGUUUUGGAUCUCCCACAUACUUCUACGCCUUUUACCACCACUGUCAGACAGAACAGGUGCCACCGUGGGCAGAUGCAGCACAUGGAGAUGAGAUCCCGUAUGUGUUCGGCCUGCCAAUGAUUGGACCCACGGAGCUGUUUCCGUGCAACUUCUCCAAGAAUGACGUGAUGCUCAGCGCUGUUGUCAUGACUUAUUGGACCAACUUCGCCAAGACAGGGGACCCAAACCAGCCAGUCCCCCAGGACACCAAGUUCAUCCACACCAAACCCAACCGCUUUGAGGAGGUGGCGUGGACCCGGUACAACCAGAAGGACCAGCUGUACCUGCACAUCGGACUCAAACCCCGGGUCAAAGAGCACUAUCGCGCCAACAAGGUCAACUUGUGGUUGGAGCUGGUUCCUCAUCUGCACAGCCUCAAUGAGGUCACCCAGCUCAUCCCCACUACCACCAAGAUCCCCCCUCCAGAGGCUACAAAUCGCACCCCGAAGACAAAGGUUCUGGUGACCAAGCGCCCCAACCCGACUCCAUUCCCCACUGAGACCCAGGACAGCCAGAACCAGCCUCACCUGGUGGACCAGCGGGACUACUCCACUGAGCUGUCUGUGACCAUCGCUGUGGGAGCCUCCCUGCUUUUCCUCAACAUCCUGGCCUUUGCCGCUCUUUACUACAAAAAGGACAAGCGCCGGCAUGACGUCCACAGGCGCUGCAGCCCUCAGCGAAGCGCCGCCAACGACCUGGCCCACACCCAGGAGGAGGAGAUCAUGUCCCUGCAGAUGAAGCAACACUCGGACCUGGACCGAGACUGCAGAGGGGUGGGCGACUCCCUGCACCCGCACGACGUGGUGCUGAGGACUGCCUGCCCACCGGACUACACUCUGGCCAUGAGGCGCUCGCCGGACGACAUUCCGCUCAUGACGCCAAACACCAUAACCAUGAUUCCCAGCACCAUGGGGGGGCUCACCUCUCUCCACUCUUUUAACACCUUCCCCAGCAGCGGGCAGAAUAACACCCUGCCCCACCCACACCCACACUCACACUCCACCACCCGGGUAUAGCCCUGUGGACGCACCCACACAGGCAGGACUCUGAUAGCCGAGGCAAGAGCUAACGCCACUGCUGCUGCAGAGACUUAAGGCCGACAUGCUGACAUACACAGAUGUGUCCGCAGCAGAAACGCCAGCCUGGAGUUGCCAGAGACCCAUGGAAUUCCACUGGGAUUGUAUGAUACCCUGUUAAUACCUGAGGGAAUAUUUGUGGGACUUGGACCAGAGGGGGGGAAAAAAAAAAAAAAAAAAAAAGAAUUAUUAUGUUUUUUUGUAGAAAAAUAAGAGACGUGAAGAAAAAAAGUACAAAUAAGGAGCUAAAGAAAAACAGCCUCACAAGCUAAAACAAAGAGGAAUAUGUUUUUUUUUUUAUUAUUAUUAUUUUUUGUUCUGAUAUUGCUGCAAAACAAGGUACAGUAAACUACUUUUUCUUUCUAGUGACAGAUAUUGCCUUCGGGAUCUUUUGACAAACGACUGCUUGACAGUAUUAUCUGGAAGCUGAACAGAGCAUCAGACACGCCUCGGAGGUGAGAAGAGGGGAGCACUUUGUAAAAGAAAGAAAACAUAUUGUUUUCCUGUGGCAUCACACUGCAGAUUACUCUUGUGUGGGGGGCACAGAGGAAAUGCCACACAAACCAAUUUAGGCAUGUAUUAACUUCAUAAAUGGAGGCUAUGUAAGAUAAAACAUUUUGUGGGGAGGAUCAAAGAAAGGAUGGAAAACUUCAAGGAAAGAACGGAAACCCUGUAUGCACAAUGGAAACCUUUUGGGGAAAAAAAAAUACUUCACAGAAACUUUUCAUCCAUUUAUUUUUGAGGAUCAGGAACAAUUUUAUUGUAUAGAACCUAUUUACAUAUCUAGAUCUGUACACUAAGCACCAAGGCUGUUUAAGCCCUCUUCUCUUUGGGGGGGGCGUCUAUACUGCAAAUCUGCCAGCAGGACUGAACAAGAACAAGUGGAGACCCACCUACUGGCUUUCCUGCAGUUCCAACUUCAACACAGAGAGCUGGGGGACAAAAAGGAAAAUUGGAUAUUUUAGCACGAUGCGCAUGACAAUUUAUCUGCUUGAUGGCUGCUCUGCUGAUUAUGUCAUUAUUAAGAAUAAUUUUCACCCUCUCCCUUGCAUUGGAGCAAUUUCAGAUGGAUUUCCUGAUUGGAUUUACAGGAAAACACACGCCCAAACAGGACCAUGGGAAAUGCCGUUCCAGGCUGUGGAAGUCGGAGGGUCGGGACACAGAGGGGGAAAGGCUGGGGGAUAUGGUCAAAUUUCUUGCAUAACAUAAUAUAGCUUGAGUGGAGCGGGGCAUAUAAGGACUAGUUUUGUACUCUGUGUGUUGGUACUACUUUUUGAUAGUGGUUAAAUCACAUUACACUGUAUCAAUCAAACUCAUUGUACCUUCAGUUGAGAUCAAUGUUCUAUGCUAUUCUACCUAUUGGACCACUUUACCGUAUAGAAGUGAUUACCUGCACUGUUUAUUCCAUUUCCCUUUUUUAUUUUUUUUUAUUUUUAUUUUUUUUCCUCUUUCUUUUCUUUUUGAAGUGGCAGGUGCGCUGACUGAAGAGACGAUACCCAUGUGUAUGAAAAACUGAAGAGCGAACGUUGUGGGGAAAAUGUGAGAGAAUCUCUGAGCUAUGUAGCGUUUCUUUUUCCUUUUUUCCCAGCCGGAAAGACGUGUUUAAUGAUGAAUGCCAGUAGAUGACUAAUAGAAGUCGGAGGUCAAGCACAGACAGAUCACAUGCGGUUAGAACCCCAUGUUCUGCGUGGAAAUGCACAGCAGGUGGACGGGAGACGGAGCCAGGUCAGGGGAGGUCGGAUCCCGGGAUGCACAUUUCAUCUAGUUUCAGUCGUUAGUUAAGCUUUUAGAGAUACUGUAUAGCGUUACGGGAAGGAAAAAGGAAGGCAUCCCAUAGCAGCUGAGACCCAGUCACUGAUCUUUACCUCACAUUCAAGAGCUCAAGUACUAUAGUCUCUUUUUUUUUUUUUUUUUUUUUUGGCCUGCUAAACAGACUCUAUGUUACACUGAUAUGUCAGGCCAGGCUGUUUAGCAAAAUGCCCCCCCCCCCCCCCCCCCCCCCCCCCCCCCCCCCCCCUCCUCCCUUCAGUUUUCUGUCUCCUGCAAAGUUGUCUGCCAUCGCUAACAUCUUUAGGUCAGCAAAGCCUCAGCAGAUAACAAUGUUAGCCACCAGAGUAAGGGAUGUGUCACACCGCAAAGCUGACUGCAGUCGCAUCCGUAAGAGGUUGGAGUCACCGCAGGGGUAAAGUGGUGAUCUUC